ACCGCGGGCGGCUGCGGUGGGAGUCUUUGGCUGGGCCGGGGCUUCGGACGGCGCUGGCGGAGAAGCGAGAGCCAUGGACGAGGAAAUCGUGUCAGAGAAGCAAGCUGAGGAGAGCCACCGGCAGGACAGCGCCAACCUGCUCAUCUUCAUCCUGCUGCUCACGCUUACCAUUCUCACGAUCUGGCUCUUCAAGCACCGCCGGGCCCGCUUCCUGCACGAAACCGGCCUGGCUAUGAUUUAUGGUCUUUUGGUGGGCCUUGUGCUUCGAUAUGGCAUUCAUGUUCCAAGUGAUGUGAAUAACGUGACCCUGAGCUGUGAAGUGCAGUCAAGCCCAACUACCUUAUUAGUAAAUGUUAGUGGAAAAUUUUAUGAGUAUACGCUGAAAGGAGAGAUUAGUUCACAUGAACUCAAUAACGUUCAAGAUAAUGAAAUGCUUAGAAAGGUUACUUUUGAUCCAGAAGUAUUUUUCAACAUAUUACUUCCUCCUAUCAUAUUUUAUGCGGGAUAUAGCCUGAAAAGAAGACAUUUCUUUCGAAACCUUGGGUCAAUCCUAGCAUACGCUUUUCUUGGAACUGCAAUUUCUUGUUUUGUAAUUGGAUCAAUAAUGUAUGGCUGUGUUACACUGAUGAAAGUAACUGGACAACUUGCCGGAGAUUUCUACUUUACAGAUUGCCUGCUGUUUGGUGCCAUCGUAUCGGCAACUGAUCCAGUGACUGUUCUUGCCAUAUUCCAUGAGCUUCAAGUUGAUGUUGAACUCUAUGCACUUCUUUUUGGUGAAAGUGUCCUCAAUGAUGCUGUUGCCAUAGUGCUAUCUUCCUCAAUUGUAGCAUACCAGCCAGCUGGAGACAACAGCCACACCUUUGAUGUCACAGCCAUGUUCAAGUCUAUUGGGAUUUUCCUUGGAAUCUUCAGUGGCUCUUUCGCAAUGGGUGCUGCUACUGGAGUGGUGACAGCUUUAGUGACUAAGUUCACCAAAUUACGAGAGUUCCAGCUGUUGGAGACAGGCCUGUUCUUCUUGAUGUCCUGGAGUACCUUCCUCUUAGCUGAAGCAUGGGGUUUCACAGGUGUGGUUGCAGUGUUGUUUUGUGGCAUCACACAGGCCCAUUAUACGUACAAUAACUUGUCCACAGAGUCUCAGCAUAGAACUAAACAGUUGUUUGAGCUUCUCAAUUUCUUGGCAGAGAAUUUCAUCUUCUCCUACAUGGGAUUGACACUGUUCACCUUCCAGAACCAUGUCUUUAACCCAACAUUUGUAGUAGGAGCAUUUAUUGCUAUUUUCUUGGGAAGAGCUGCCAAUAUUUACCCCUUGUCCCUCUUACUUAAUUUGGGUAGAAGAAGUAAGAUUGGAUCAAAUUUUCAACACAUGAUGAUGUUUGCUGGCCUUCGUGGUGCGAUGGCGUUUGCCUUGGCCAUUCGAGAUACGGCCACUUAUGCCCGGCAGAUGAUGUUCAGCACCACACUUCUGAUUGUGUUUUUUACUGUGUGGGUGUUUGGUGGUGGCACCACUGCCAUGCUGUCAUGUUUGCAUAUAAGGUACUGUGCUAGACUCUGGGGAUACAGAGAUGAAUUGGGACAUGACCUUUACCCUCAAGGAGCUCACAGUCUUGUCGGGGAGACUGACAGGGUUGGUGUUGAUUCAGACCAAGAACACUUGGGUAUUCCUGAAAGUGAAAGAAGAACUACCAAAGCAGAGAGCGCGUGGCUCUUCCGGAUGUGGUAUAACUUUGAUCACAACUAUCUGAAGCCUCUGUUGACGCACAGCGGGCCUCCUCUUACCACCACCCUGCCUGCCUGCUGCGGCCCCAUUGCAAGAUGCCUGACCAGUCCCCAGGCCUAUGAGAACCAGGAACAGUUGAAAGACGAUGACUCCGAUCUCAUCCUCAAUGAUGGAGAUAUUAGUUUGACAUAUGGCGAUUCUACUGUGAACACUGAGUCAGCAUCAUCCGGUGCCCCUAGGAGACUUAUGGGAAACAGUUCUGAAGAUGCCUUUGAUCGGGAACUUGCCUUUGGGGACCAUGAACUGGUCAUUCGGGGAACACGCCUGGUUCUACCUAUGGAUGAUUCUGAACCCCCCUUAAAUUUGUUAGAUAAUACGAGACACGGUCCAGCCUAAGCUUACUAGUUACUCACUUAGUGAUCUGUAAAAUUUGCACAUGUGAUUGUGAAGAAAUUCAUACUACCUAAAAAGUCCCAGUGCAUGUCUCUGAAUGUUUAGGCUAUAUAAAUGCUAUUUAUUUAUAUAGCAUUGAAAGACUAUAAAUACCCUGUACAAGGCAGAUUGUGAACAAAUUCUUUUUACUUUUUAUUGGCCACACUAUGUAGACUGGAUCUGUUUUAGAAAGUUAAUUUCACAGUGAUGUCUUGUGUUCUGUUAGCUUUAUGUCUCAGUUCAGGUAUACAAGGUGACAGAUUUACUCUUUCUUAUAUUUACCUGCCACUUAACCAGAGUACCAAGUUCUUGUGAUGUGAAUUAAUUUUGUCUUGUGGGAGGGGAGGGAGAAGAAGGAGGGAGCACUGUUUCUGGGGGAGCCCAGGCAGGAUAAGUUCCUUUGUUGGAAAGUUGUGUUGAUUGCUGCUGCCUUUGUCGUGACCUUUUUCUUUCCUUUUUGUCUGGUGGCCUGUUAUGGUGCAUGAGGCCAGUGGUUUCAGAUCUUGCCCAUUCAGGUUGGGGAGUGAAGUGCUGGGGCCCCUUUUGCCCUUUGCCGUGAAAAAAUAAAUUUUUGGCUCCAGUACACUGCAACUCAGAAAAGAAGGCUGCACAUGACUUCCAAGACUUUGUUUCUAUUUUCCAGACCAAGACCUUGGAAAGAGUUGCACCAUCCAGCCCACUUAGCCAAAGUAUAGUUGUAUAUAGUUCAGAACACUUGAUUUCGAUUUGGAGGGGCUGGGGUGGGCAGAGGCCAGGAGGAGUAAGGAGCGUAGUGGUUUCAGAGAACUCUCCCCCCAAAUCUGUAAAUACUCUGUACCAGAUAAGUUUAAAUGAGAAAUUCAAUUGCUGCUUACUUUUUGAUUAUGUACUUUAUCUGUAUAGCAAGCUUUGUGGUCAGAAGUUUUUAUAUCAAUAUAAAUUGCUGCUCUUUAGCAGCCAAACAGGAGCAAAAUGUAAAAUUUUUGAAUUUACUGUGUCUACUUGUCAUUCGUUAGUUUGUAGUUGAUGUUAAUUUAUGAAUCCAUGACCGUUCCACAGUACACCACAGCCAGUCAUGAGAGAAUACAGCGCUCCAAAGCUUGUGAGGACGGUUCUGCCUUUGUGUGUACCAGGUGUAGUUGUCUUCAUGUUCAUGUGACUUUUUAAUAUGAAAUACUUAAGCUGCCCUGUUUGUUUUGUUUCUUACAGUUUUCAAGGAAGAGUGUAUAACAAUUGCCCAUUUCAUAUUCAGAGUAUGAAAGUGGAUUUUAUUUUGUAAUGCUGCAAAUACCUAACAGUGUAUUGAAUACUUAGCAGGGGGGAUCCUUUCCAAUGUUGAUUCUGACCUGUCAAAAGUUUUGGAAGAAAAACAAACUUCUGUAGGUUUUUUCCCCCCCUCAGGUCUGAGUAGCAUUGCCUUAAAUCUUAACCAAUUUGAAAACGGUUUUGUUUAUGUGAUGUUCAAAUUGCCCAAUGCAAAAUAUCUUUCCAAACAAAAUAUACUUAUUUUCCCAAAGGUUUUCUUGCUGUGAUGCAAACACUCCUUGAGGUUUUAAGGGAAUUCUACUGUUGAACCCUUGAGUGGCAGCUCUAACUGUUGGCAUAGCCAUUUGUUAUGUAGUGGUAGCGACUUUCCUGCUAUGCAGGAACCUGUGAAGUGUGCAUUUUCUAUAAUGUGUGCCUCUUCAUGCAGUCAAUAAUUUCUUGUUAACAUGUUUGAGGGGCUUUGAACUUCAGCGUCAUUUACCCACAAAGUCAUUCACGCUGUAAAAGGUUAUACAAGAAAUUCACAACUACCUUUUUUAUCCUGUCAAGUUACUGAGCUCACUUUAUGAAAAUGACUGUAAAUACUUAGCAUGACAAAUUCAGUAACUUGUCUGUUUCAGCAUGCAUAAGACUUUUUCUUAGGGAAACUGAUAAAGCUUGAGUCAACUGAAUCUGCCUUCGUACUUUAUCAAAGGAGAACCAAGCCUGCUGUGCUUAAAUCAGCAUCUGGAAGAUUCUCCUUUCCUCUAAUCUAUGUGUGCACCUCCAAGCAAAGAAGAAAAAAACAAACUCUGCUCAUCCAUCUGUUAGUUUAAGACAUCUGAAUGAACUUGGAUGAGGUACAGUCAGAAUUCUCAUCAUGCACAAGUAGAACUGUUCUCAGACUUGUUUUCCUGUUCUUUGCGGACCCUACACGUGUGAAUGACUUGAACAUUGUGUCUUUUCAAGUUAUUUUUUAAGGUUCCUUGGCAUUGUAUCCUAGUUGUCCGUGUUUGGCAAUGUGCUGUUGAAGUAAUAGACUUUUAAUCUUUAUGUAUUUUUUUUUUUGUUUUCCCUUGGAGGACUUGGACAGA